AUGGCUGACGUCCCAGCUGCUCCUCGUUAUGCCAUGGGCACAAAGUCUUCUGAACGAAGAACAAGUCCCGUUCGAAAGACACAGCCUGAGAGGCCUGCUACUCCUACUCGCAAUCGACCCACGACACCAACCCUCGGUCGUCGUCCUACCACGCCAACUUUGGGUCGUCGAGGCUCCAACGCUUCCCUUCGCCGUCAAGGGUCAAACACAACACUCAAUCAUCCUGUGACUCCCGGCGCAGCAAGGGAUAGCCACGAUGGCGAUCCUGUAAAGGCUGGCCCUGCUGCUCCUAGGACACCUGGUAGUCUGGAGACUCCGGCUCGAAUGCUGCCUGCUAUUCCUGAGAGCCCUGUUGUCAUGCCAUCACCUCGUUCACGUCAAGUUUCUCAUGUCGGAGUCACACCCCGAUCUCGCCAAGUCUCGAGGACCGAUCUUCCAACUCCUCGUUCUCAACAAGUUUCGCAGACUCUUGAAGCUCCCAAGGUCGAGGCCACUCCUACUGUCGCCAAUGCUCCGCUUAUUCGGGCCACUGCUGAUGUAGUGCGUGUGCCAAAAGUGCGUUCUACUCCGAAAGUUGCAAAGGCUCCCAAACUUCGGUCCGUUCCAAGAACCACGCAUGUUCCCAAAACUGCAAAGAUCCCACGGCUGGCCAGAAUCCCGUCAGGCGCUCCUCUCCCAGCCGUUCUGUCUAUCCCUGUAAUCCUUCCUGCAUUUGAGGUUGCCCAUCGACCCUUCGCCGCCCCUGUGCCAUCUUUGGCCCCUCUGCCCGUUGUCGCUCUAGCUCCUAUUGUUGCGAGAGCUUUGGCUUUUCCGAUGAUGCCUCGCGUCACUAAUGCCCCGAAGACUGCUAGAAGGCCUUGGACUCGAAGUGGCCCCAGAUCCGUCCUUGCCCCAGUCGCGUUGAAGGCCCCUAGAAUCCUGGCGCCGCCCAAAACCAGACUUCUGAUUGGCACUGCGUAG